UCUCUAGGCCUGCGAAAGAACAGGGCCGGUGAGAAGAGCCCGCACUCCGUGCAGGACCUGGGCAGCCCCCUCGGCGGCCGCCCCUGCAGCACAAAACUCCCGCCAAACGCGGACCAGCCUGACGCGGAGGGGGAGGAGGGGGAGGAGGAGGAGGAGGAGGAGGAGGAGGAGGAGGAGGAGGAAAAGGAGAGAGGCGGAGGAGGGAAGGAGUGGGCUGCGUGCUGGCCAAAGCUAGCGGGCUGGAAGCAGUGCCCACGUGUAUAUACACGGACAUGCAUACAUUCAUGCAUGCAGAGCUGCUUUCUUGUGCUUACAGGUGUGAGCACUGCAGCAUACACGGGAUGCAUCGCAUAGCUUGCACAACAAAGCUUUCAUACCACAUAGACUGCACCACGCGGGUUGCACCACAUAUUUU